CGCAAACUGACGCCCGACUAGUCAGCGGGUUUGGCCGGGGUGCGCGUUUUCGUUUCUCCGCUCCGCUCCCCGACGCCACGGCGACACGCCCUUCCAUCUGCGGGGAGAAAGAUGGCGCCCACACACGUCCUGAGAUGCUGUCAGCGGGGCUUGGCGUGGAUACCGGUCGUUUUCAUCGCCCUCGUCGUGUGCUGGUCCUACUACGCGUAUGUGGUGGAGCUGUGUAUUUUCACCAUCCCCAGUUUGGGAGAGCAGGUUAUCUACCUGGUCUUCUUCCACCUCUCUUUCAUCAUGUUCGUAUGGUCCUACUGGAAGACCAUCUUCACCAAGCCUGCCAAACCUUCCAAAGAGUUCUGCCUAGCCAAAGCAGACAAGGAGCGCUAUGAGAAGGAGGAGAGGCCUGAGUCCCAGCAGGAGAUCCUCUGGAGGGCCGCCUCCAGCCUACCUCUCUACACCCGCACAGGGGCCGGAGCGAUCCGCUACUGUGACCGCUGUCAAGUCAUCAAACCAGACCGGUGUCACCACUGCUCUGCCUGUGACAUGUGUGUGCUAAAGAUGGACCACCAUUGUCCCUGGGUGAACAACUGUGUAGGAUUUUCCAACUAUAAGUUUUUCAUUCUCUUCCUGGCUUACUCGCUGGUGUACUGUUUGUUCAUCGCAGCCACCGUAUUGCAAUAUUUCAUAAAGUUCUGGACAAAUGAGCUGCCAGACACUCAUGCCAAAUUCCAUGUCUUGUUUCUCUUUUUUGUGGCGGCCAUGUUUUGCAUCAGUAUUCUGUCUCUCUUCAGCUACCACCUGUGGCUCGUAGGGAAGAACAGGUCUACUAUAGAGGCGUUCAGAGCGCCAGUCUUUAGGACAGGCGCUGAUAAAAACGGCUUCUCGCUGGGAUUCAAGAAGAACAUUGUUCAGGUUUUUGGAGACCAGAAAAAGUACUGGCUGCUGCCCAUCUUCACUAGUCAGGGAGAUGGGCUGACGUUCCCUACACGGCUGGUCAGUGCUGAUCCAGAGCAGCCUACAGUCUCCCUGAAUCCAGAGUCCAGCAAAAGUACUGCUGAUGUCCCAGCGGGGCCUCUCAGCGACUCUCAGAACCGCCUUCUCAACCACGACCAACACGCCAACAACACAGGAGACCACAUGCCUAAUAACACCCUGAAAUCAGCUGGAAGUGAAACUAUUACAAUCUCCAUGGAGAGUGAGUCCUAACCAGGAUUAACUCCUCUGCCAUCUAAUUCGAUGCCUUAAAAAAAGACUACGCUUUAGUUUGUCACCAUGGAAACAGUCUCCCAGCACAGCCAUUUCUACAGUCCCCCUUGGCAUUGCCAUGGAAAUGCAGUCCUUUUGCCCAUUGCGGCGCAUUGAUACAUUACUGGCAUUGGCAUUUUAGCAUGCAGUGCCAUGAGUGAAUUUCACCCCUACUCAUUGGGGGUGGGGGGGGAAUCCUGCAAGCUCGUUCCCCUCUCACACAUGCACACACGUUUGAGACGCGUAAACGCACACACACACUUACACAUUCAAAUGCAUUUCUAUUGGGUUAUUUCAGGAGGUGUUUUCUCACCUGAAAUCAUGAUGCCUCACACCUCAAAUGUUCAUCUCAGACUGUCCGUUAAUGUAUGGAUUGCCCAAGCUGGAAAGAAAUACGAGCCUGUGCUUGGUAUUCAAUAAGGAAACUUGUGGCCCCCGGUUUCCUGGCUGUGCCAGUGAACAUUUGAAGAGAUUAAUGAAGACAACGCCAUUAACAAAGGGGGACAAGCUACAACUGGAUUUUGGGAUGGGCAGAAGAGUAUUUGUGUAGAUUCUUUUCCAUCUUGUGUUUACAAAAGGCCACAUAAGUAAGUGCAAACCACAGAAAUGGAACAAUUUAUAUGGACCCCCACCCCCACCCACCAACAUGUAAUGUUAGAGCAAGUGUAUGGACCGCACUUUAGAGAUGGGCAGUUGCCAACCAAAACCCAAACCAUACCACAGAAGACCCUCCUGCAUGGCGUUCUGGACCAAAUCAUCGCAAGGGGAAGCUAGGGGAGACUCCAGCUGGGUUUUGGAUGGCAUUUUGGAUAACUGAGCACAAGAUGGCGCAUUUGCACUUUCAGCAUUUUAUUGUGCAAAAAGCAUCUGGAGAUGAUAGCUAUUAGGUGUGUGGGUGGGUGUGUGAGAGUGUGUGUGUGUGUGUGUGUGUGUAUGUGUGUGUGUACUUUAGAAGGUAAGUUGCAAGUGGUUGUUAAAACUAACAGACUGAAUUAUCCAGCUUUAUGUGUUAACUGGCAAGUUGGGUUUACAUGUGUUCACUUGCUGCUUAUGCACUGACCCUCUCAUAUGGGAGAUGCAUUUCACCCAGUGCAAUGUACAGUGUCCUUUACUACCUGUUCCGGAGAGUCAGUAAGUUGUUGCCAUAUGUUGAUUUAAUGAUUGUUCUUAAUGUUUCCCAUUCGCCCUAAAUCCUCUUAAAGCCUGUCUUUGUAUAGCACAGUGCUUCAGCCUUUACUAGGCCUCUAUUGUUUGUUGCCAAAUAAGGGUUGACCUAUCAAGAGCUCUGACCUCGAAAUCAGAAGUGUUUACAACAUCUGAGCUUUACCUUCAUCUGCUUUCACCUCAGCCUGUGGCAUCCUUACCAAAUGAUGUUAGCUUGUCAGUGUGGGGCAACCGCAUUACCUACCCAACCCAUCCUGCCCCGUGUCUUCACAGUAUCGGUGUUGGCCAGCAGAUGCCAGUUCUACUCCAGAUCAUCUGCACCCACUCAAGUUAAUGAGGGUUGGCGUCCGGGUAGCAUAGCGGUCUAUUCCGUUGCUUACCAACAUGGGGAUCGCCGGUUCGAAUCCCCGUGUUACCUCCGGCUUGGUCGGGCGUCCCUACAGACCAGACACAAUUGGCCGUGUCUGCGGGUGGGAAGCCGUAUGUGGGUAUGUGUCCUGGUCGCUGCAGUACCGCCUCCUCUGGUCGGUCGGGAUGCCUGUUCUGGGGGGG